GCUGUAGGGGCUGGCUUUAACUUUCUUUCCCUUCUAUAAAUAUCUGUCGUAGAAGGGUGGAGAAUUCUUUCUUCUUGGUGAGAAACGGUGCUCGGUGAUAUUUUACAGGUUGAGUUCUGAUGAUUACUGGUUUCCUCCUUUUCCACAUAUAAGCACUGAACUUCUGAAGACUCUUGCCUGCUUACAGAGAGAGGAAACAACAUAUAGUCUGCAUUCUGUGCAUAGCCCAGAAGACGUGUUAUAUUGCACUGUAUGACGAAAUUUCCUUUAUUUGCCUCUGAAGAAAGAGCAGCAAAAAGCAAGUACUGUGCAGAUUUGGCAGUAUGAUCUGAUAGCCAAUUUUCAUAUUUUGCACCGGUCCAAUUGCAUCCUGCUGAGGUAAUCCGCACCGUUUCAGUGAUCCAGGAAGAUAGCAGUUUAUAACAGCAGCAAGUAAAAAUGAUGCAGAUAACGGAUUCCCAUAACCAGAAACACUCCUUGUUCAACGCCAUGAAUCGUUUCAUUGCAGCUGUGAAUAACAUGGAUCAGAUUGUGAUGGUGCCUAGCCUUCUGAGGGACGUGCCACUGGAGGAUGCCAAAAACGAAGUUCGUAGCUCCGUGAUGGCCAGCAGCACCACCGCUGCGGACAGCUACUACAGUGGAAGGGACAUGUAUGGCUACUACGUCUUGCUAAAAUCGAUCAGAAAUGAUAUUGAGUGGGGAGUUCUACAAGGCGAGGACAGAAAAAAGGAAAAAUUGUCCCCUGUGGUGGAUAUUACACGGCGCGAAGAUGGGGAUGGUGACGAGGAUCUCGAAAAACAGUUUCAUUACCAUCUGAGUGGACUGCACACAGUUCUUGCCAAGCUAACGAGGAAAGCCAACAUCUUGACGAACAGAUAUAAACAGGAGCUUGGCUUUGGAAGCUGGGGCAUUUAAAGUCCUGUUUGGUGAGAUUUCGCUGCCUACCAUGCAGACUGCACGUUUCGACUUUAGUCGAUAUCGGGGUGCAGUAAUAAAUUCGGGGACACUGAUUUUAUUUCUGGUAUUUUUAAUUAUAUUGUGAGAGCUUUGAAAUCGCGGGGCCCUUUAUUUCAUUUUUGGGGUGGGGGGGCUCUUCUGGGUGCGGUCAUGCAGUUCAGUGCUGGUGGAGAUUGCAUCAUGGUGUUUGCACUACUUUCUUACAAGUACUGAUGUAUUGUAAAGCUUUUUAACAUUUGUUUGCCAUUGCCACCCCAACUGGGGGGAUUGUGAACGCACAAACUAUGUAAUUGAUAAAUUGAUUUUGAUUCUCAAACACAAAAUAAAGAAACUGAGUUUGAGUACGAAUAUAACAGUCGGGCCGAGCUGCUAUGAGAGGCAAUGAAAAACCUACUGUUAUCUGGUAGCAAUAGUUGCUAGACUUAAUUUUGGAACUAAAUGAAUUUAUAAUCACAGUAAUGAAGGUUCCAGAUGUGUGCAAUUGUAAAGUAAUGUUUUUCUGUAUUUGCAUAACGAAAUCUAGAAAUGUGUAAUGCACAAAAUCUACUUUUUUAACUUAAAUGGCCUACAAGACUAUGCAGCUAACUAAAUGCUAAUAAAUUAAAGUAUACGUUUGGCAACUUUGUAAA